AUGACUUACACUACUCGUCAAAUCGGUGCCGCUAACACGUUGGACUUCAAGGUGUUUAUCGAGAAAGAUGGCAAGCCAGUGUCCCCCUUUCAUGAUAUCCCUUUGUAUGCGAACAAAGAGAAGAAUAUUUUGAAUAUGAUUGUGGAGGUCCCAAGAUGGACUAAUGCCAAAUUGGAAAUCUCAAAAGAACUUCCCUUGAACCCCAUCAUUCAGGACACCAAAAAAGGGAAAUUACGGUUUGUUCGCAAUUGCUUUCCUCAUCAUGGGUACAUCCACAAUUACGGUGCCUUUCCACAAACUUGGGAGGACCCCAAUCAAACCCACCCUGAAACGAAGGCCAAGGGUGAUAACGAUCCAUUAGACGUGUGCGAGAUCGGUGAACAGGUUGCUACUGUGGGGCAAGUCAAGCAGGUGAAGGUUUUGGGAGUUAUGGCCCUAUUGGACGAAGGUGAGACUGAUUGGAAAGUCAUUGUUAUCGACGUGAACGACCCAUUGGCUCCUAAGUUGAACGAUAUUGAAGAUGUAGAGACUCAUUUACCAGGUUUAUUAAGAGCGACAAAUGAGUGGUUCAGAAUUUACAAAAUUCCCGACGGCAAGCCGGAAAAUCAAUUUGCUUUCUCUGGUGAAUGCAAAAAUAAGAAGUAUGCCAACGAAGUAAUUGCAGAAUGCGCUGAAGCCUGGGACAGAUUAAUCAAAGGCACAACUGACGCUGGGAAAAUUAGUUUGACGAACACCACUUUGUCCACGACUCACUCUUUCGUCGAGUCCGUUGAUAUUCCAAAGCACUCACCACAGGAAGCAGCCCCAAUUGACAAAUCUAUUGAUAAGUGGUUUUUUAUUUCUGGUGCUCACUAA